AUCGCCAUUUCUAAGCCGUUUUUGUUUAUGUUUGUAAUCGAUAGGUACUCCAAAGCUGAUUUCGUAAUUUACAUCAAUGUUAUUACGAUUGAAGUACACGUAAUAUUUUUGCGAGUAAAUGAAUAAAUAAUAAAUCUUAUAACCUGUUUAAAUAUGCAAUUUAAAUAAUUAUAGAGAGAAAAAAAAUAAAAAAUAAAAAAAACAAGCCCAGAAGUUCAAAUAGGUAUCAACGACAUGCCAGUGACAAGUUAGUAUAUCAUUUUUUUCUAUUAUUUCUCACUUGUUAAAUAUACAUAAGUAGAGAAGAACACCAUAUCAUUACAUAAGUUAACAUAAUACCUGUUGGCAUAUAUAAUUGUGUGUGGAGCCUUCAUGAAAAAAUCUGCUCAUUAUUUAAAACUACCAACCAAGAAUAAACGUAACAGAAAAAAAAAAUUAAGAAAAAAAAUGUUGUCUAUGUUUUAUUUCAUUUUGGCGCCAAUCGUUUUCAAUAUCGUGACAGCUAGGAAUUUGCAACAUCUGAGAUCAGUGACUGGAUAUGCAUAUGGCUAUCUAUCUGAUUGUCCUGGUAAUGAAAAUCCUAUAAUUAUGUCAGAGGAUAGUUUGAGAAAACUGCGCAUUAAAGUCAUAGGAGCUAAAAUGACAUCUGGGUGGAUAAAAAAGAAAUACAAUUACUAUCAAAUGAACGAGAUGGGCAACGACCCCACAAUGGACUACAGUCGAAAGACCGUCUUAUUUAUAAGUGGAUACUUCGACAAUCCAGAUUUUGCCGCUUCCAGAAUUAUGGAGUAUAGUUACAGACUUCUCGGCUACAAUGUGUUUUUGCUAGAUAUGCAUAAAUUUGUUGAGCAUGAUUACCCAUCAGUCACUCGGAAUCUCCCGGCUAUAGGAAAGCACACCGCUGAAAUGCUAUACAACUUGACUCAACAAAAUGUAGGAUUCGAUCCUAAGAAAUUUGAAAUGGUUGGUUUAAGUCUUGGAGGGGAAACGAUUAGCUUCAUAGCUAAAUCCUAUAAAGCGCUCUCAGGUGUAAAGAUAAGCAGACUCACUGCUUUAGACCCAUCCGGACCCUGUUUUAGAAAUCGAGGCCCAGAUCGUAGAUUGGAUAAAAGUGAUGCAGAUUACGUCGAAGUGAUAGGCACAAAUAUAGAUGGAUUAGGUAUAGCUACUCCUGUGGGUCAUGUUAAUAUUUAUAUAAAUGGUGGAGAGUAUCAAAUGUCAGAUAUUUACUGGAUGCCAUGUGAAAUGUUCUGUAGUCACAUAAAGGUCUUUGAGAUUUGGUUCUCGGCGUUACGGAAUCAAGAUUCUUUCAUCGCGAUCCAGUGUGAUACGAUGCAGCAAGCCAGGGAUAAGGAUUGUUAUGACAGAAAACCAUUUGUCACGAAUCUACUUGGCCUCAAAGUGGAUAAGACGAAGCAUGGAAUAUUUUAUUUAGCGACUACAUACAAUUAUCCUUACUAUAUGGGCGAAAAGGGAUUGAAAAGAGAAAACGAACCUGUUCACAAUUUACUAAAAGCAACUAAUAAAGCUGAUAUUGUUGUAGUAUGAAUUACUGUGUUUAUUUUUAAUUACCAAUAUUAUCUUAAGAAAUAUUUUUUUUUUAUACCACAGUGGUGGCAAAGAAGCAUACAGCCUGUCUGAUGGUAAACGGUUACUGUCGUUGUGGUGUC